AUGUUCCAUUUGGUUCAUCUGUGCGGCGUGCUCGCCACUACCCUCUUCAUGCUCGGGUCCUCCCUCUCGCAGACACGGCUCGCUCCCGCCGACUCCCUCCUCGGCUUCCGGGGUUCCCUUUCUGGGCCCUCGCAGCUGCUUUUCCCCUGGCCGUCAGCGGGGAACGGCACCAGCGGCUCUGCCCACUGCCGCUGGGCAGGCGUCUCCUGUUUCCGCGGCUCCUCCGCCGUCCGAUCGCUCAACCUGACGGGAGUCGGCCUCUCCGGCACGCUGUCUGCUUCCGUUCCCCACCUCUGUGGCCUCAUCUCCCUGCUCGAGCUUGACCUCAGCGGCAACGAGUUCUCCGGCUUCAUCCCCCCACAGCUUGGGAACUGCUCCCGUCUCCGCGUCCUCCUCCUCAACGACAAUCACUUAACCGGCGCCAUCCCGCCGGAGAUCUUCGGGACGCGGCUCCAGGAGUUCGACGUUAGCUAUAAUUAUCUGACCGGCGGCAUUCCGCCCGAGAUAAGGCUCUCCGUCAACCUGGAGUACGCCGGUCUCAGCAACAAUUACCUGAGCGGUGAUCUCCCCGGGGAACUCUUCUCCUUGCUGACACUCGAACUUCUGUACCUCAACACGAACAAUUUCACCGGCCGCAUACCUGAACUCCCUCCUGGCUGCGCCAUCGCCGAGCUUUGGCUCCACGAAAAUCUGCUCUCCGGGCCGCUCCCGCGUAGCUUGGCCAAUUGCCGCGACCUCACCAUGCUGAUAGCUUCAGAGAACAGUUUAUGGGGAGCAAUCCCCGAUAUCUUCUCGGGGUUGCCUUCACUCCAAAUCCUCCGUCUCAACGGGAACGAGUUCGACGGGGGACUGCCCAAGAGCCUAUGCAACGGCGGCAGCCUCAACGACCUCGUUCUGUCCGAGAACAAGCUCAGCGGAACGAUUCCGGAGGAGAUCGGACGAUGCCGCCAUCUGACGAUUCUGAACCUGGGGGCCAACAAUCUGCAGGGCCCGAUCCCCGUCUCCAUAGGAAACCUCUCGCAUCUGACCAUCCUCUACCUGUACGAGAACUCGCUGGGAGGAAGACUGCCCGCCGAGAUGGGGAACUGCACGUCGCUGGGGGAUCUAGAGCUCCAGUUCAACUCUUUUGAAGGCCCGAUCCCUGAAGAGAUCUCUGGGCUCGAGCACCUGAAGACCCUUCUUCUCUUCAACAACACGCUCUCCGGCGUUCUCCCACGAGGAAUCGGGAAACUGAGCAGGCUCACUGAUCUGCAUAUCUAUAACAAUUGGUUGACCGGCGGAGUCCCGGAAGAGAUCACCCGCCUGAGUAAUCUGGAGCGCCUCUCACUCGCCCACAAUGAUCUCUCCGGUGUUCUUCCUUCUGAUCUGGGGAAGACGACGACAUCUGGUCUGGUUGAAGUUGAUCUGACGGGGAAUCGCCUUGAAGGGCCGAUACCCAGCGGCCUAUGCACUGGAAACAGGCUUGUUGUCAUGGGGCUUGGCGGCAACCGCUUCAAUGGUAGCUUCCCUCAGGAGAUCGGUGGCUGCUCGUCCCUCACCAGGGUGAUCCUCAGCAACAAUCGGCUUCAAGGACGUCUAUCCGGAAACUGGAGUAUUAAUGGAGGGAUCUCCUAUAUGGACCUCAGCGGGAACCUUCUUGGAGGGCACAUACCGCAGGUUCUUGGCUCCUGGUACAACCUCUCAAAGCUUGAUCUAUCGGACAACCAGUUCUCCGGACCGAUUCCUCACGAGUUGGGUAAUCUCAAGAAUCUUGAAGUCUUAGAUGCUUCUGGUAAUCAACUCACAGGAGUCAUACCAUCCGAGUUAGGCGACUGUGGAAAGCUCGCGAGCUUGGACCUCAGCAGAAACCUCCUCUCCGGGGCCAUUCCUGAGAAGCUUAUCACUCUAACCAGCUUGCAGCGCCUUCUUCUCCAGGAGAACUGUCUCAGGGGAGAAAUCCCUGAUUCUUUCACAUCUAAGCAGAAUCUGAUCGAGCUUCAGCUCGGACACAACCUGCUGGAAGGUCCUCUACCGUCAAACCUUGGUAAUUUGCAUGAGCUCUCGCUGGGGUUGAAUCUGAGCAGUAACCGGCUCUCCGGCAAGCUGCCCGCUAGCUUUGGCAAUCUGGGUAAGCUCGAGGUCCUCGAUCUAUCAAACAACUCUCUGUCGGGGGAGAUGCCGCCGGAGUUGGAGAAGAUGAUCUCCAUCUCUUCAAUAAACUUGUCCUAUAACCAUUUCUCCGGGAAGCUACCCCCGGAUUGGGUGAAAUUUCUUGCUUCGUCCCCGGAAUCCUUCGCAGGGAACGAUCUCUGUAUCCAAGACGACGUGACGAACUCGUGCCCAGUACCUAACCGGCGUGGCCGAACAACGAAGGAGAGAACGAUUCUGACUGUGAUCGGCUGCAUUCUCCUCUGCUUAAUCGGGCUCUCCGUCGCUCUAUACCUAACAUUCAGAGGUAAUGACCGUUGGGUUCGCUUGAAAACCCCCACACAAGGUUCUGGUUCAUCGAAGGACCUCCCAGAGGACCUGAAGAUCGAAGAUAUCAUGAAAAUCACGGAAGACUCCAGUGAGAAGCAUGUGAUCGGUAAAGGAAGGCAUGGCACAGUCUACCGUUUGCAGUCGGGGAUCGGGAAACACUGGGCGGUGAAGAAGGUAGAUCUCUCUGAAGGGAGACCCACCACGGAGAUGAAGAUCCUGUCCACGGUGAAGCACCGAAACCUGGUAAGAAUGGUCGGGUACUGCAUCAAAGAUGGCUUUGGUCUGAUGGUGUGCGAGUUCAUGCCCGGUGGAACUCUCUCUGAGGUCCUGCACCAGAAGAUGCCCCAGGUUCCGCUGGACUGGGAGGCCCGCUAUCUCAUCGCUCUGGGAAUUGCCGAGGGCCUGGCCUAUCUUCAUCACGACUGCAUACCAGCUAUAAUCCACAGAGACAUUAAAUCAGACAACAUUCUCAUGGACUCGGAGCUAAACCCUAAGAUCGGAGACUUUGGCAUGGCCAAGCUUUUGGAUGGCUCAGAUGCUGGCUUGACAAUGAGCUCAAUCGUCGGAACCCUCGGCUACAUUGCACCAGGUUUCUACUUGCUCUCUAAUUCUUUACAUGGCAACGUAAAAUCUGAUAUAAAUCUGAGUCUUCCCUUUGUCGCUGGUACAAUUUUUUUCUGCAGAAAACGGGUACUCAACCCGGAUAACUGAGAAGUCAGAUGUGUACAGCUAUGGAGUCGUCCUGCUCGAGCUUCUGUGCAGGAAAAGACCAGUAGACCCGACCUUCGAAGAUGGUGUAGACAUUGUCGCCUGGGUGGGGGGGAACCAACAGAUAGCUGAGGAAACUUCUCCUUUCUUCUUCCUCGAUGAGGAGAUCAGCUGGUGGACGGAACAAGAGAAAUUGAGAGCACUGAAGCUGUUAGAUCUGGCGGCCUCUUGCACUCAGGUGCCCUGCGAGGCGAGACCCUCCAUGAGAGAAGUUGUGAAGUACCUAAACCAGUUAAAUGUUCAAAGAAAGAGGACGACUUGA